GUCACUGUACAACCUCUGCGCCCUCCUCGAGCUCUGUCCUUUUCGACGCCAAAGUUGCAUUUUCCAUCGGCGAGAUGUGGAAGGCUACACGUCCCGUUGAAUACCCAUUGGAAGCAAAAUACAGGCCUGUUCUAGAGAGCUUCCUUCCCAAAGACCCCAUGUCUUUGUUCAACCUGAAGAGGCUAUCCCCGAAAGAAGAGUUCCCCAAUCUUGAAAGGAACUACACCUGCAUGGGCAAAAUACUAACUCUCAACAUGUACACACGGCAAUUCAACAGAGCCACUGAGGCUGGAGUUAUCUUCGAUGAUGUCAUAAGACCAGGCCUCGAAGAUCCAGGCCAGCCCUCGGGGCCAGUGAAGGUAGGCUGCGUGGCAGGGGACGCUCAGUCUUACAUCCUGUUCUGCGACUUCUUCGACCGCAUCAUCGAGGCUUACCAGGGCUACAAGAUAACCAAUUUCCAAAACAGCGACUUCAACUUCAACAACGUGAAGGGCGGGGAUGACUUUGACAGCAUGUAUGUGGAAAGCUGUGAAGUAUGCAUUAGCCGCAGCGUGGAAGACUUCUCCUUCCCCACACACUGCAGCAGAGGCGAGCGCAGAAGACUCUUCUCACUGGCCAAAAAAGCCCUCAGUCAGUUGGGAGAAGAAUUCCCAGGCUGUCUGUACUCCCUGGAGGAAAAGACACAAGGCAAUCUGGGAGAGGUUCUGACAGCACAGAUCCCGUCUGCCCUCAUGAUCAAGAACGGAGUGGCAAGGGAUUGGCCCGACGCCCGUGCAUUGUGGGUCAGCAAGGAUGGGAAUCUAAUGGUGUGGAUUAAUAUCGAAGACCACCUCCAACUGGUGUCCAAGCAGACCGACUCUAACAUAAAGGAAGCCUUUGAGCGUGCCUGCGUCAACGUGCUUAAACUGGAGGAGCUGUACAAAAAGAUGAGACAUCCAUUUGUAUGGAAGGAUCACCUUGGUUGGGUGGUAAGCUCUCCAGGAGAUGUAGGAACGGGACUGAGGGCCAACAUCCGGGUGAGGUUGCAGCGUUUGUCCCAGCACAAGCGCCUGGACAACAUUCUGGAGAGACUGCGCCUCUGCAUGGAAAGCACUGAGUCCAGUGGGGUGUAUAAAGUUUACAAUAUACCAACCAUUGGAUUCACUGAAGUGGAGCUGAUGCAACUGCUGGUGGAUGGUGUCAAGCUGCUGAUUGUGAUGGAGAAGAAACUGCAGGAGCCGGACGGGAGCAUCGAUCACCUGGUCCCCGCUCAGAAGUAG